AUGGAUUUUUUAAAACUGACUGUUUUUCUCAUCAUUUCUUUCAUUUCUGUUAAUCAAGCUUUCGAAAAUUUAGGAGUGAUUAAUGGACUUUUCUUCCAUAUUACAGCGCUUCCACGAUGUUCAACGACAACUGUUGGUGUCAACCCAAACAGUUACAGUUCCUCCGACUUCACAACCAGCUCAACGCACCGAGGAUCGCUCUGGAUGGUUGAGUCCAGUCAUUUCAUGUCCUCAUGCUGUGGCCAUAUCAGCAGCUGGACCUUUCGCCCAAAGACAACGGGUGACAUCAAAUUUGUUGUUUUUCAUAGAUUGCCCGACAACACAUUCAUGAUUUCGGGCGUUAGUGAGCACCAUAUUAAGGUUGCAGAUGUCGGAUCAACCUUAACCCAAACAUCCAACCCUACACUGCAGAUUCAAAACGGCGAUUUCAUCGGAUGGUAUUUUAGCGGCGAUGCAGUUUUGGGUUAUGGGGCAGAAUCAAACUACAUCAUGGCAAAGUAUAUGACUGGUAUUGCACCAGAACUCAUAAAGAAAGAGAAGAUCAUCAACUGGUCCAGUACCUCCGGUGCCCAGUACAACAUCUUGUUUGGUGUACGGGCCAAUAUUGUUACAGGAACCACGCCGACUCUGACCUUCGCGACACCAGUCACUAUAACAGACUCCAAUCCAUCCGGAACCAAGGUCACGGAUGUGACCUAUUCCUACUUAGACCAAACAACACUGAAUACUGAUCUUUUCAUCGAACAAAAACUAUACUCCAGCAAGUACUUUGUUUUGGAUACCUCCUCACUCGAGGUUAGAACGGAUUCGGCAUACAUACCAGAGGGUACGUACACCAUGGAGUUCUACAUAAUGGAUGCGUGCAUGCGACAGUCCUCAAGGACACUGACGAUAAUCGUAGCUAAUGCACCUCUUUCCAUUACAAAUCUUGGGGCCCAGUACAAGGACCUGUCGGAGGACACAGAAACCCAGCAGUCUCUGUACACCGUUCAGACUAGUGACUCCUCCACCAAUGACCCUGUGUACUGUGAUAUAGCUAACCCCAGCGAGGGUCCAUUUCACUGCAGACAGACAUCUAGUGCCGUUAAAACCUACGACAUAUUUGUGUAUGAUUGGCCACAGCUAGCAUAUAAAACAAAAAACACAUACAAUUUAAAAGUGGAGUGUUCGGACAAUACAAAUACGGCAACGGGAACCUACACUGUCAGCAUCAAACGGAACGAACCCCCUCAGUUUCACAACACUUUCUGGCAAGUCACAGUGGACGCUGAACAAGCAAGUAUCGGUGACGUCAUCUUCACAGUAUCCACGUCUGAUCCAGAAAAUGACGAACUUUGGUUGACCAUGUCGUGCUCACCGUCAAAUUGUCCGUUCCUUCUGCUGAACAAUGGUCAGUUGGUGGUAAAUGCAAAUUUACUUCACAAUUCCCACAGUGCAUACACUCUGGCAUUGACUUUACAAGACUCUUCUGGUCAUAACACUGUUACAGGACAGUCUAUUGCUGUCACCAUUGUUAAUAUCAACAACAAACCCGUCUUGACCAACGUCAAGAGUUUGACUGUAAUGGAGAAUACAGCGCCAUCUACGUCCAUUUACACUUUUUCGGCAACUGAUCCCGACCCAUUGGAUACAUUAACGUUCUCUGCCAGUUUUGUUCAUGGAGAAGGCAGUAGCUUGUUCGAACUGGAUAAAACAACUGGAGAGCUUAGGACCACUUCUUGGUUUACAAUAGACCGAGAAAACUUGGAGGAUAGCAACAAGGUUUACCGAGUGAAGCUCUCUGUCUCUGACGGAAAGUACUUUGAUACAGAGUACUUCUACAUAGACAUUGUCAAUGAGAACGAGAGUCCGGUGUUCCUACAGAAAUACUAUUCCGUCUCCACCACAGAAGGACCGGCAGGGCAGAGUUUAACUACCCUUCACUGGAAGUACAACGACCCGGAUGGAGAUACGGUGGCGUUCGAGUUUGACUGCGGAGCGGAUACUGGCCGAUUUACUUUCGGAUCCUCUACAGGGUCUAUUCACUUUAAGAAUGCCUAUGACCUAGAUACCAGUGGGGUCCCUACAAAUGUUAUGUGUACAGUAUAUGUUUCUGACGGAAGCCUGAGAGAUUCGGCAGAAUUGUCUAUAACUGUGGAGCAUAACAAUGAGGCAGCACCAAGAUUUUCUCAGUCGUCCAUUUCCGUGUAUGUUGAAUGCAUUGCUGAGAUGUUGACAACUGUAGCAAAAGUAACAGCGUUUGAAAGUGACGGUUCUGAUACUGACCACGGCACCAUUUACUACUUACUGGACCAGAGCAACCUGGCUAAAGAAUUCUUCGGCAUAAAAGAAAAUGGCGUCAUCUACACGAAGGACCUCCUGACGUCCAUGUGCUCCGGGAGUACUCUCUCUUUUAAAGUCAUUGCCUCUGACAGAGCUGGUAAAAACUCCACCAUUCAGAUUACCGUGAAUGUUGUCCUUACAACGACCACCAGUACAACAACGACAACAGAGAAAAUGGUGUCCAUGUUUACCAACCCGGAGAACAUGUAUGUUGCCCUUCCUUUGGCGACAGCAUCUGUUGCUUUUGUCUUACUCAUGUUCGGAAUGUUAUUUUACUAUUUACCGGGAGGGAUCAAGUCUGCAUUUUCCUCACUUGCGGGCAAAAUUGGCAAUGGAUUCAGCAGUAUUGCUUCAAAGUGCAAGAAGGCGCCAGCUUCUACUCCAGACGAACCUGAAUUCAAGAGACACAAACCAGCCCCCAAACCUCAGGCACCUAAACCUCCUGAACAGUCUUUGCCCGCUCCAACAAACACCAGUCCACCGCCGACUUAUGAAGAUGUUGUACCUCAAUUAUUCCGCGGGACAAAUCAGUUUUGA